GCUGUCGUCUGACAUCUUCCUUUGUGCAAUAUCUUGGGAUCGCUCUUUAAUAAAUCCCGUUAUUUUCCUUUCAUAAUUCAUUUAACAAAGGCAUUAACUAUUUGUGGCGGUCGUUCAUAGUCAGUACCAGAACUUGGCUUGAGCAUUGGCCAGCGCUAAAGCAGUGGUUUCUAUUUUAACGCUCACUUAUUGUUACGGUUUAUUAUCGAUUUUAACCUUUUUUCUGUAACAUAUUGUUUUCAUGCUGUUUAUUUAUUAGUGUGUACGGAUACUAGCGUAGCAGUUGUAAAAAUUUGUGAAGCAGUAAUAUUCAAGAGUGAGCCGUGUCUUGGGGGAAAAGCAACCCGGGCACUACGGUGGCCCCUGACACACCAGCACCAGCGCCCCAGCCCCCGGGGGUGCUGGAGAUGACGGGCACGGACAACAUCCGCUUUAGCGGCCACACACUCGACAAGGCCACCAAAGCCAAGGUCACACUCGAGAACUUCUACACGAAUCUCAUCACUCAGCAUUAUGAAAGGAAACAAAGGCUGGAAAAACUGGAAGAGUCCUUAAAAGAUGAGAGCCUCACAGAAAGUCAGAAACAGGAAAAGCGGCAGCAGCAUGCGCAGAAAGAGACUGAGUUUCUGAGGCUAAAACGCUCCCGCCUCGGCGUUGAAGACUUCGAGCCGCUCAAGGUAAUAGGUCGAGGGGCGUUCGGGGAGGUGCGCCUCGUACAAAAGAAAGACACAGGACACGUUUAUGCAAUGAAAAUACUCAGGAAAGCAGAUAUGCUGGAAAAGGAACAGGUGGCACACGUGCGCGCCGAGCGCGACGUUCUGGUGGAGGCGGACCAUCAGUGGGUAGUGAAAAUGUACUACAGCUUUCAAGAUCCCAUGAAUCUGUACCUCAUUAUGGAAUUCUUGCCCGGUGGAGACAUGAUGACGUUGCUCAUGAAGAAAGACACGCUCAGCGAGGACUGCGCGCAGUUCUAUGUGGCAGAGACCGCGCUGGCUAUCGACAGCAUACACAAGCUCGGCUUUAUACACAGGGACAUAAAGCCGGACAACUUGCUGCUGGACGCGCGCGGCCACAUCAAACUGAGCGACUUCGGGCUCUGCACCGGCCUCAAGAAGAGCCACCGCACUGACUUCUACCGCGACCUCUCGCGAGCCACUCCCUCAGACUUUAUCUCGACGUCGUCGUCCGCGAUGGACUCGAAACGGCGCGCGGAGUCGUGGAAGCGCAACCGGCGCGCGCUCGCCUACUCCACCGUGGGCACGCCCGACUACAUCGCGCCCGAGGUCUUCCUGCAGACCGGCUACGGCCCGCAGGCCGACUGGUGGAGCCUCGGCGUCAUCAUGUACGAAAUGCUGAUCGGGUACCCGCCGUUCUGCUCGGAAUCUCCGCAGGAGACGUACCGCAAGGUGAUGUCGUGGCGCGAGUCGCUCACCUUCCCGCCCGAGAUCCCCAUCAGCGAGGAGGCGCGAGAGACCAUCCUGCGCUUCUGCUCAGAGCCCGACCGCAGACUGGGCUCUCAGCGCGGCAUCGAGGACGUGAAGUCGGUGGGGUUCUUCCGCGGCGUGGACUGGAGCCACGUGCGCGAGCGCCCCGCCGCCAUCUCCGUGGACGUGCGCUCCAUCGACGACACCUCCAAUUUCGACGACUUCCCCGACGUCAAGCUCGAGAUUCCGGCCGCGCCGAUAUCGCAAGAGGGCGAGGUGGCCUACAAGGACUGGGUGUUUAUCAACUACACGUUCAAGCGCUUCGAGGGACUCACGCAGCGAGGCACGCCUACAAAGAAGUGAACUGACUCCGCGGACCUUCCAUAGUCCAUGCUGCUGCCAAACACUCGCACCCACACACAAAAUUCACAAGUACAGAAGGCUCACUCACACAUCUCACUCACUCGUACCUCCAUUCCAUCCAUCCAUUACGGCCUGUGAAAGUCCGCUGCUGAACAUAGGCCUCCCUCAUAGAUUGCCUCAUGGAGGGAUUUUUUAAUUUUGAAUUUUUGUUGGGAAGACGCUGCUGUCCAUCUCCAGGUUCGUUUCCCUAUGUCGUCACUACCAACAGCCACGAUUUUGGGUGGUGGAUAUUCUUACCGCGCCUCCCACACGGUACGUACUCCAACCUCACUUAAAUGUACCAGAUAUCCCUAGGAGUAUUAACGAAUAGACUCGGGCGUCACUUUGCGGUAAUCCAUUGUGUUAAACAUGAUAUAACAUAAUAAACCACAAUCUAGGUAAUACAUAUUAUUUUAUUUUAUUGCGCGGAUUUUAGCUAGUAAAUUUUUAUUCAUCUUUAUUCUUUAAUCUAUAAUUUUUCGUAAAACUUCGUCUUUGUGUGAGUGAGUUAAAUGUGUUUCGCGUGAGCCCCUGCACUUACUUAGUUCGUGCCCCUCGUUUACCCCCCGCCGUAUAAGACCAAGUUUAACGGAAUAAAAGUGAUGUCAGUUACGUUAUAAGUUAAACUUGGUCGACUAGAAUAUAGAGAAACCUAUUUUCUGUGGCUCUACUCACUGCUACAUAAUUAUGCCUUUGUCACGUAAAAAUUGUGUUGUCUUAAUAUUGUUAUUUUAAAAAUUGACUCCAAUAAAUUUCAAUUUUAUGUGUGCGGACAUGACUACAGACUAGAAUAAGUAAUUAAGUGUUUGGUAAUUAUGAUUUUAAAGUGUGACAUCAACAAUGUUUUCAAUCCAAUUGUAUAGAGAAGCGAAUAAAACAAUAUAAUUGUGUAUUUAUGUGACUGUGUAAGAUGCGACAAUUGCGACAGAACCACACCAUACUAACAGUCCAACAUUAAUUUACAAUAUAUAACAAGUUGUAAUCAACGCAGACAUCCUCCUUCCGUCGCGCGUUGUUGUAGCUCUGCACUUAAACUCGGCCUCUACCACGAUUUUUGCGAAAUACACUAAUUAACGUAGCUGUUUGUUUGUUUGUUUGUCCGAAUGUAAUCUCGUGCUGCCAAUGAGGACAUCCACAACUUUCUCUGUCACCAGGGCGGCGUUAACGCUAACAAUAAAAAAACACGCGUGCAGUUCACACGUGGUAGAAGUGAAACUUUAUUUAUAUUUUAUUUAAAAAAAAAUAUUUUUCAUUAAUUUUUGUUUUUAUUUGAUUGACACCGAGAUAAUAGGAAAUACUGUAUACUGUACUCUAUCACAUUAUCUCGUAUAUGUCUAUAUGUGUUAUAUGUCGCGACGUAUAUGUUUGUCUCUUAUUGAUGUCGCUUUUUCGUUUCAUCGAGUUGUAAAAAGAACUUCACUUCAAAAAGUGCAAACAGGCACACGAUGCGCCAGUGGAACUACUAUAAAAUUUAAUCUGUCGAUCGUGAUACUAAAACUAUAUGAUUUUGCAAACACUCGUGGUACAGGGAGUUUAAUCAGUUAAGGUGAACUUUUCUAUAGUCUAAAUUAAAGAAAUAUUUUUCGAAGCGUGGUUACCUCUGUCUAUUGCAAAGAAAUUAUUUACAUUUGACUGCAGCGGAGAUGCUAUUGUUUAUGUAUACACACCGUAUUGUAAUUAUUGCUAAUAGUAAUAAGUUAAAAUAAGUUAGCUCGGGAAUCGGGACGUCACCAUGUGUUUGUAUAGAGUCGGGCGGGCAGCUUGCUUCCUUCGAGCGCGACGCGGCCCGCGCUCUGCUUGUACCGUUUCAUUAUUGUAAUAUAUGUACGUUACCUUCUUUGUCCUUUUAAUUAUGCUCGUUGGCGUUUGCUUUACUGAAUGCAAUAGUUAUCGAGGGAUAGGUAUUUUUAAUGUAAGUAAUGAACGAAAAGUGUCCGCCGGGUUAGGCUUGUGUGUGUUUAUAGGGCUUGUUAAAAUUGUGUCAGUAAUUUAUACUGCAAGUGGGAUGUAAACACAUACCUGUGAAAUGUAACACAAAACAUCUGUGUCACUUUUGCUUGUUAGCUGAACUGUAUUACAUAUUAUUGUUGCUUAUUCAUCGAUUAAAAAUUUGAAGUCUCAGUUCGCAGUUCGAAUGCUUAUCUCAGAUGUGUGUGCGCUUCGUGGAUUACUGAGUGGCGCAUUGCAGGUGAUUAUAGAAUUUCACCAAGAAAAACUCUGAAAAACUGCUGUUGCUUAAAGUAUUUGGUUUGAUGUGUUUAAAAAGCCUGGAGUGUAACAAGCACGUUAGGAUAUAGCGAUGCUAUAACUUGUUUAAAUUGAAAUGGAACGUCAGAAGUGGUUGUUUCAAUUUAUAAGGUAUUGUUACAGUGCUUUGCCAGUCCAUAUAUAUUUAUGUACAUAAAUAUCUACAUAUUUAUAUAUAUCUUGUAUUGAACGAUAUUUAGCUGAUUUUUAAUCACUUCAUAUUAUAGGAAUCCGUCCAGAAGUUAACUUGUAACAUACUGGAAGGUAAUUUUUUCUCACACUCGCGUAUAUAUCCGAAAAGGUUGCCAUUUUUAAAGUGUGUUAAAAUUAAAAUUUUUAAAUUGCAUUCUUAAAUAUAGCUAACUGCAUAUUAUAGAGUAAAAUAAUUAGUCUGACAGAAAAUAGAAAGUUUGAGAAACAAGCAUUUCUGAUGAUUUACGAUUUGCAAUUUAAACAUCAGAGUGACAAGUUACACAUUGCUUUGUCGUUUCAUAAAGACUGAAAUUUAUUUGAAUGUUUAUAUGAUGGCGUCAAGGAUCCCAUAUUAAUUGCGUAACUUACCUAGGCUUCUUGCUCAGUCGCGAGACUCUGCAGUAGAAUGUUUAAUAAAGGUUGCAUGGUAGUUCUUGCCGGUAGUGUAAGUACAAAGUUAGUUGUGACUAGUGUCGCUGUGAGACCGUCGGUGAUCGGGAACGAGCCACAUGCUCUGCUGUCUGUUACAUUUACCUCCAAUCUGUUCUUCUGAUAUAGAUUAUAUCUGUACGAAGAGUUGUGUGAAUUUAUUACUUUCCUUUCCAAUAAGGGUGAAAUAAGUUUUCUGUGUAUUUCCAUAAGAGCACAAUGAUUUGCUCGUCUCGAUGUUCAGUUCGUGAUUCUUAAUCGUUAGACCAACUAAGAAAGAUAGACUGACUUCUUCGUACAUUUCAAGCGACCUCGAAAGCAAGCCAAAGUCACGCUCAACUUAUUGUAACACGCAUUUAUUCACAUAUGCACUUAAUACCAUGCUGUCGCUCGUAAAAAAACAUCCUAAGGAGACCUGCAGAUCUGAAAAUUAAAAAUGUUUUGAAGAUAUGUAAAGAUUGUCAACACAAUUCUGGGGCAAGCGCGGCGGACAUCUCUACUGCAAUCUUUUUAGAAAUAGAAAAGGGUGUGUGGCCUGUAUGUAGGCAUUUGUAACUGUGGGAUGUAUGUAGGCUGUGUUUAUAAAAUUGAAAUGACAAACAAACUUACAAUCUACCUGAUGGUAAGUGGCUUUUGCUGUCGAUGACAUGCGUUUCAUACAUUCAAAAGUCAAUCCUGAGGACUAAGAAGGAAGAGCUUGCUGUAAUUCUACCCUCUUAUUGUGUUUAAAUGUUAUAUUACGCUGAUGGCGAAGAAGCAGGACCCCUCGGUAGAAAGUAAUAGUGUUCUAUGAUUUGGUACUAAACAUAAGCAGCCUUGGUGCAAAUGGUUUUUCAUAUACCUUAUUAUAUUUAUUUCAAAAGAAUUCAAUAUGUCGUAAAUACAGUGCUACUGAAUUGGGUUUCGAUAGUUACUUUAGAAAGAUUUUUGUAAACAUAUUUAAGUGUUCGUUGAAUAAUUUUAAUAUUUGGAAUUCAAUUUAAUAGCAAUAUCAUCUUUAAAAAAAAUGGAAUAUCUUUUUAGCAAGCAUAUGGGGCCAGUGAUGCGAAUACAAUGGGUGUUGAGCAUACGCUAAAUGACACAUUUCAUAAAAUCUUGUCCAACACUCACCUUUCACCGGUUGCAUUUUUACAGAUAAUAAUAAAAAAACUGUGAGAUGUAAGUAAACUACGGUGCAAAUUUCAUGAUUUAUUUUUCAUUUAAUGUUACGUGUAAAUUAGAUCUAGAUGUUUACUUUGAAUUAUCCUUGCGUAGGUAGUGAGCACUGAGCUAAUAUUCUCGCGUUGGUAAUGUCGUGUCGCUCCAGUAGGUUGGAUUAGAGUUCGUCAAUACAUUUGGAUCAAUUUUCAAUCGCUGUCAGGAUUCGUAUGGAAAAGACCUUGUGAAAUUGUAUGCGUUUUUGUCUGCCCUGCUGAAAUAUAAUUAAAUUCAACAAAGCGAAAAAAGGAAAAAUAUAUUAAUAUUAUUAUAUGUCGGAUGGGCUACACUAUACAACAUGUAACAAAAUCUGUGGUUCCUGUUAAGUGCGUUAUCAGAAUCUGUGUUCAAACGUAUAGAAAUAAAGACCUUAAAAGAAUAAAAUUAAACUUAAAUAAAUGUUCAUUUGCGAAUUGUAUGUAGAUUUAAUAUCUCUGCAUUGGCAGGGGAGUAAGAGUUGUCAAAGACCCUCCUUUACCGAUGCGCAUGUCAGUUAGUUCAGACUUCAGAUGUUAAUAACAUUUUUUACUACACUGAAUUUAGUAAGUUACUUGUUGUGACCACUAAAAUCCUUUUGAUAACGACCAAAAAACACUGUCAUAAAUGCAUGCUAUAUGUACAUAAAUACGUUCGUAAAAGGACCAUCGGGUUGUUUGUUACAUAUUGUAUAUUCAUUAGUUCAUUAAAUGUCACGCUGGCAGGCGUUUGACGAGCGCAGUGCGGACGUGCCGCAUGUUGAUCGCUGCCGCCCGUCGCUUGUUCAGUGCGAACGGCGAUGCUUAUACCGUCAUGGAAAGCCAUAACAUCAUUUUGACAUAUUCCAUAGUCGUCUCUUACGUCACCCACGAGGCAGAACGUGGUGGCCGUUAAACCGCCACCAUGUGUCAAACUCCGAAUAAUCUGAAAAGUGCAAAAUAUAAUUAUUGGUUGCGUCUUAGUGGAAAUUUUUUGAUCUAGAGUCUAGAACGUAUGCUUGUACGUAUGCUUGUCCAUCCUCGAUGUAUAUCCUAAUUAACAUGUGUAUGUGUUUACCCUUAAGCCUAUGCUAACUGUCUCACAUAUAUAGUACAACUAACUGUAUUUUUUUUUACUGUGAUUCAUUCUAUUGCAAGAUCCCUUCAAUACAUACCAUUGUUGUAUAUGUAGAAAAAAUUUGUUCCGUCAUUGUGUGUCGACGGGCAGUUUCAUGAUUAUCUGCUGGAACACUUUCAGUACUAAUCGUGCAAUUGCGCCGAGUGCUCGUUGAAAUUAAAAUUAAAACUCAAUGUCGGUAUGUUAGUUAAUUACAUGAAACUUCUCUGUACCGUGUAUAAUUUGAUUCUUACAUUAAGGACUAAUCAGAGUUAAUUUAGGUAAAUUAUUUAGUUUUAAUAAAAAACAGCUGUAGUUGGUAUGGCCGCUUUAGUGUUUAGAAGCCUUUAAUGCCUAUUAAUAUAAUAUUAGUGUGUACAGACAAAGUUUGGUACGAAGAUUUCCCUUCACCUGAAAAACUGAGAAGACAUUUGUAACGUUGUUUAUGAAUGUGUUCCACCUGUGGAAGAUGAGCGUGCAAGUUGUCGCGUCGUGUUAAAUGAAGCAUGUCCUUCAUAUAACGCAUGUUUGACGACCGAGUAGCCGUGUGCUUGGUGUUUUUAGGUUUUUCGAUCUUUAGAUCGUAGUUGUUGUGAAUCAGGUGCGAUCUGUCAGAACGUCACCAUGCAGUGAGUAAUGGAUGCCUGCGACCAAUCGGUUUGCAUCUUGUGGUUUUCUCUCGAGGCUCCAUUGUGUAAGUAGUUUCCUUCGAUUCGUUCGAUCGCUUGUGUUGCGUGGUACAUUCUCGCAGAUCGCAUUCUUUUAUAUCGUACAAGGUUUUAACAAAGCAAGCUCUCAGAUUGUACCGAUAAAGAUCACGUUUGAUAGUAAGCUUAAUCAUGUGAUCAUCACCAAUCGAUAUGAUGUAAGCGAUGCACUGUGGUCUCGAGAAGGCGGACAGUCUGUUACAUAGUUAUGUCGCUCACCGUUUUGUAUACAGCACUCGUACCGCCAUGUUGUUUCAAGUGUCGUAUAAACAUCGCGGAAGGAAGGGUAGUGGCGGCCACGGCCGCUUGUUCUCGCUUGUUGACCUUUGUACUUUGCACUGAAACGUUUGUGUCGCGCCGCCAACACACUUUGAAUGUAUAAUAUGAUGCAAAUUUUUAAAAUUUCUUAGCUAUUUGAUUUGUUAUUGUUAUUAAAUAUUAAAAUAAUUAUUUAAUUUCAUUAAUUGUAAGAUUUGACAUAUUUUGUUUUUAAAACUUAUUGUUUCUUCCAUGUGAUUUAAGAAAAUGGCAAUAUGAAUAAGCAUUAAAGCAUUAAGGAAUU